AUGAAUUUAACAAUGCAAGUGGCGGUAGUCGUGGCUGUGUUCCUGUGUGUGGUGGAGGGGGCCCCCGACGGGAGACUGGUGAGGAGCAAGCAGCAGCGACCCACACGGGGCUUCAAGAAUGUAGAAAUGAUGACGGCUAGGGGCUUUGGGAAACGCGCCCAAACUAGGAACGAACGCGACGUCGCUCAACAAACGGCAUCGGAGAGAACCAACCGUGGUACUCCCACAUUUAAAAGUCCAUCCGUCGGUAUUGCCAGGGAUUUCGGCAAAAGAACCCCGGAAUUGGAGCCAGAAGGUUCCGAAGACGUCCCAGAACACAAGACAUUUAGGCACAAAGGUCCUCUCAGGUUCGCUAUAGAUUUCGGCAAACGAGGUGAUAGCGAAAUAAGCGAAGAAGAAGAAGAGAUUAGAGUGACCCGUGGCACUUUCAAGCCGAACUCGAACGUACUGAUCGCUCGGGGUUAUGGCAAGAGAUGGGACGAGGGCGAAGUGUAUGGGCUUGAUAACUUUUGGGACAAUCUCGAAGCUAUACAAGAGAAAGAAAAUCAGGACGGCAACGAAGACAAAGCGGUCGAGAGCAUCCCCGUCGAGUGGUUUAUCAACGAAAUGGUGAACAAUCCCGAUUUCAUUCGAUCAGUUGUGAGAAAAUUUAUCGACAUCAAUCAAGAUGGACUGCUCUCCGCCGACGAACUACUGAGGAAUGUGGCUUAA